AUGCGUACCUACGCGCAGUAUGUUGGCAACCUUCCAAAGAAACAAUAUAUCCUGUCAACAGCAUUAAAAGAUGCUGCUGGUCUUCACAAUGGAUACCUAGACCCCUCUCUGGAGAUUGCGAAGGGUUCCAAGUUAAUCCGUUGGAAGCUUACAGACGACAAACAGGUUGCUGUUAUCCUGGUAUAUUACGAGAAUGGCACAGUCGGACCUAAUGUCAAGAGAACCUACCGGUUUCCAUUUUGGCUCGUCGACAGAUUCAGAAACGAUUCAAGCGUCUGGAACAAAACCACAUCAAUGUACAUCAGGUUAAUAUCGCCCAGUCGUCAGAACAUGACCGAGGUCAUCAAAUGGAUAAUGGAUGCCGAACUAUAUGCGGGGUAA